AGUGAACAUUAUGGAUGCAUUCUGGUUAAAUUCAGCUUGCGUGAGAAAUGGAUUUUACAACGUUCAUAUCUGGCAACCCUGAGGAAAAAGUAGCCGCUCGUAAUAACAGUAGGUGCGCGCGCGCGCCUCAAUUAACAACCUCUAUUCAUGAGUACCGAGGUGACCGUGUUGUACUUUGCUAAAAGUGCUGAAUUAACUGGAGUGAAAUCGGAGAAGAUCCAAAUAAACUCCGAACUGACGAGCCUCCAGCUGUGGCAGGAACUGGAGCACAAACACCCAAAACUCGUGGUCGUACGUGAGCAGGUGGUUCUGGCCGUUAGGAGAGAGUACGUGUCUGUGGGUGAGCAGGUUGUGCGUCUGCAGCACGGAGACGAGGUGGCCGUGAUCCCACCACUCAGCGGAGGAUAAAUCUACAUCACAGCAGUGAUGGAGGAAGGACCAGGUCUAGACCUGAUUAAACUCACCACAGAUAAACUCUCCAGCGAUGCCGUGUCGGGGUCGGUGACGUCGUCCUCCUGCGGAGCCGUUUCUUUAUUUAUCGG